CUGCUUGUACACCGUAAUCCAAGCUUGGAAUGUCCAACCAAGAGCGGCAGCUUUUGCGGAAGAAGGAAUUUCCUGAUACUGCUCGCGAUGCACUUCCCAUAAUAGAAAAUCUGAUCAUAAACCGGAACAAGCAUGAUGCUGCUAUGGAUCUGAUAGCGGAGUUUGUGUUCCGCGAGCGUAAAGACGAUCAACGUAACCCGCAGCAGUAUCCGAAACAGUUACAGUUUACUUCCAGACUGUCGUCGAUCGAAGAGUUCCAACUAGUGUUGGUGCUGUGUAAUUUUUUCUCCCGUCCAGGUCCUGAUGCCACUCGGAACGCGGUUUUCUUUUCUCUCUUCGGUGGUUCGGCUGGCAAAACAAGCGUACUAAACAAGCUGAUCAGUACUGCCGUGUCUGGAUCGAUUGCCCCGCUUCUGUGUGCCGCCGGAACUUGGAUGCAGCAGCUCGGUUGCACUUCACCGCUAAGCUUGGAAUUAGCACAGUGUAUUGUGAAAGAUUUUAUUAUCUUUUCCAAUAAAUCGUCCGAGCAAUUAAAAUCCUUACCGAUGGUUGCACCCCGAUUCGCUGCUAAUUUCAUGACAGCAGUCACUGAUCUCUAUCUGAACGGUGGAAAGGGUCAGUUGGUAGCACCUCCAGAUCUGUUACUAGACGUUAUUACUGAGUGGGUCUCGGAAAACCCUGCUUUGUGUCUUGCUUCGCAACAACCAAUGGCUUUACCAUCCGGAGCGAUUGCCAUGCCCGUUGUUACGCCCCUAGCAGGACUCAUUCGUUGGUGCGUUUUAUCGCUUUUGAUCACCAGCAAACAGGAACUAUACAGCAAGCUACAUCUAGCGGUUUUACAAAGUUUGCUGGAAGCUACCCCUCCAAUUACUGCUCCCCCGAGCGCACUUAAUGCACAGCAUCUUGCGUUAAUAGUAAAUUCCCUACAUGCUGAAAUGGACUCCUUGGUAAAGAUGGGAAAGUCUUUGAAUGAAGAGUACAUUCACAGUUGUCUGGAACGGUUUGCUCAGGCCGUCCAAGUUGGACUGACGUCGCGAUGUAUUUUCGGCAACAUUCUUCAACUCGUGUGCCGUCUCGAAACCCUACCCAGCAAAAAUAAGCUAUUGCAAAUUGUGAUUGUAGCGAAUAAACCGACGUAA